UCACCUUUUCAGUUGGACGCCGGAGCUGCUGGAGAACGGACAAGCAAAAUGACAGACCACAGAUGGAUGCACUUCAGCCACGGCAGCGUGCCGCCAAACGCCGUGGUGGCGGGUCACGACUCGGACGGGGACACGAUCUUCGUGGGCCGCGCCUUCUUCCACAACGACAUGCUGCCGGCGAAGGUGAUCCCGAACAAGGGCAGGGCCUACGUGGCGUAUGCGCGCGAGGAGCACGAACUGGAGAACUACGAGGUGCUGUCGGGAUACAACUACGAGUGGCUGCCGGCGGAGAACGGUGAGGUGCCGCCCGGAGCGGUCAAGGUCGGCCGCAACGUGGACGGGGAGUUCCUGUACGCCGGCAGGGGCUACCAUGCCGGCAGCCUCACCAUGGGCAAGGUGCAUCCCUCCCACGGCUGCCUGUACAUCCCCUACGACUCCGACGAGGUGAAGAUCUUUGGCUACGAGGUGCUCAGCCAGCCGGAGCGCUGGAUCGACACCACGGCGACGAAUAUCCCGGAUGGCGCCCUGGUGGCCGGGUACGAUUCCAACGGGGACACCAUUUACGUGGGCAGGGUCUUCCGGAACGGAGACCUGCUGCCGGCCAAAGUGGUGCCGGCCAAGGGAAAGGCCUAUGCCGCCUACGCGCAGGCGGAGCACGAGCUCACCGAUGUCCAGGUGCUCACGGGAUCGGGCUUCCACUGGGUGCCGGCCUCCCACGGACACGUGGCCCCCGGAGCACUAUCCUCCGGCCCCAAUGUCGACGGGGAGCCCCUGUACGUGGGCAGGGCCACCUACUGUGACAGUCUGAGCGUGGGCAAGAUCCACCCGUCGCACGGCUGCAUCUACAUCCCGUUCGGCGGCGAGGAGGUGCGUCUGGAGAACUAUGAGGUCCUGACGAGGAUCUAGACAGUUAUUAUCAUCAGUAUCAUUUUUUUUUUCCCUUUAUUUUUUGACUGCCAAAAAUACAAUUGCUUAUAAGAAUAUUGAAAUAAUUAAAA